AGCAUCAACAAUCUUGGCCCAGUCCUUGCCAGCCAGGGCAAGUAUGAAGAGGCAGAAGCCAUGUACCGACGAGAUUUGGAAGGAUCAGAGAAGGUGCUUGGGCCAGAGCAUCCUGACACACGCCAGAGUGUCAACAAUCUUGGCUCAGUUCUUGAGAGCCAGGGCAAGUCCAAAGCAGUUUACACCUAA